UGCACGAGUGGAGCUAUACUGGGGCGGGCCCGCCACUCAUUGAUCACAGCAAUCUCUAUCCACAGUUAUCAUUCCUUACACGCUGAUUCGCUUGUCUGGUCCCCUUCCCACAAUUUCCGGUUAUUGACUCUCUCAUCGGCCCGAAGGAUGUCAUUUCUCUCACAGAGAUUCCUGUAUUGUUCACAAAGCUAUAAAGGCCUGUCAAGGGCAUUCUGUACAUCAUCUCAUCUCUGCAAAAAUCUCAGGGCUGGCAAAAAACAAUAUCCCAGGAAAGGUCAACAUAAUUUCACUUAUGAGGAAAUAAAUCCCCCAUAUACAAUAGGUGUUAGAAAAUCAUGGAACUCCUGGAACACAACAAAUCUGCAUGGAGAGACAGGAUCACCCGAGAUAAUUUUUGAAGAUGUCUUUGUUAGGAAAUUCCUGGCAGGGACUUUUCCACAAACUUAUGAUGAAAGGAAUCGGAUAAUAAUCAAACACAGACAAAAUUUGGUUGACAUUACAAUGGUGGUAAAAGAAAAUUCCAGACUGCUGAGACACAAAGCAUUAACCGAGUUACAUUUCUUACAAGUGUACAGUGAAGAAUUACUGUCCAGAUUUUUAAAGCGCCCAGUAAAACUAGAUAUUCAAUGUAUGAAUAAUGAGAAAGUAUUGAAGGAAACAGUGUUUUAGAAAUAACUUGUUGAAUUAUACAAAGUUGAUAUGUAAUAAAUGAAAUAAAUUUGAA